CUGCACGCUUCAGUUUCUGUGUUGCCUGCAGCGCGUGAGCAUACAAGUUUCUGACUGCCUGUUAAUCACUACGGAACUCGCUGUAGAGAUUACAUCACCGGGAGAACUUACGAACCACUUCUAUAUUUUACAUUCUUACGAACGCGGCGACGGAGAUUCAAGGCGUUGGAGAUAAGAUUUUCACCUUUGAAGAACUUUGUUUAGAGACAGUUAUUUCUAAGGAAAUUCCUCAAACUUAACGGUGGACAUAGGAGGUUGAUGCAUGGACUUUUGUGCAAAGAGGUUGACAGAGUGCUCGUCGUAAUUGUUGUACACGGUGUGAUGCUCUUGAAACAUUGAUUCCGUGUUUGGUAUCCCACGGUUUAAACUAAAAGCUUCCCUUUAGGACAUCACCAGCCAGCGGUGCGUAGCCAGCUCCUGGCGAGAUGGAUUAGUUAAUCGGCGUGGUUCUCUGAAAGUUUUAAGCGUUGGAUAUCGUCCUCAUUGUAUUUAACGAGGAUUCGUUUCUGAGAGAUAACAGAAAAAUGGAGGAAGACGACAGCCCGCAAGAAAACGGGAUUCAGAAUCCCAGGGACUCGGACCGCCAACUAAGGUUGCGACUUUGUGUUCUAAAUGAGAUUUUGAACACCGAGAGGGAUUACGUGCGCACACUUGUUUUCCUCCAGUCGGCCUUCCUGCAGCGGAUCAAACAAACUCCAAAUGAUCAGCAGUGUCUCACGCCCGAGCAAGUGAAGAUCCUCUUCUCCAACAUUGAGGUGAUCAUGGAGCUCCAUAAGGAGCUGCUGAACGCGGUGGAGUCCAGCCUGCAGCCAGAGCCCCAUCCACAGCAUGCCCUGGGACACGUGUUUGUGCAUUUUAGAGGCAGAUUCUCGGUGUACGGAGAGUACUGCAGCAACCACGAGAAAGCCCUCCGCCUGCUCAUGGAGCUCAACAAGAUCCCGCACAUACGCACCUUCCUGCUGCACUGCAUGCUGCUGGGAGGAAAGAAGUCCACCGACGUGCCGUUGGAGGGCUACCUGCUCUCACCCAUCCAGAGAAUCUGCAAAUACCCACUCCUGCUGAAGGAGCUCCUGAAGCGCACCCCUAAGAAGCAUAAAGACUACCCUGGGGUGGAGGAGGCCCUGCAGACCAUGAAGGCCGUGUGCUCCAACAUCAACGAGACCAAGAGGCAGAUGGAGAAGCUGGAGGCCCUCGAGCAGCUGCAGUCCCACAUCGAGGGAUGGGAGGGCACCAACCUGACGGACAUCUGUACAGAGCUGCUUCUCCAUGGCAACCUGUUAAAGAUCUCGGCAGGGAACAUCCAGGAAAGGGUCUUCUUCCUGUUUGACAACCUGCUGGUGUAUUGCAAGAGGAAGUCCAGAGUUUCAGGGAAGAAAUCCACGAAAAGGACCAAAUCGAUCAAUGGCCCACAGUACCUGUUCAGAGGCAGAAUAAACACAGAGGUCAUGGAGGUGGAGAACGUGGAGGAUGGAACAGCGGACUAUCACAGCAACAACUACACGGUGACCAACGGCUGGAAGAUCCACAACACGGCCAAGAACAAGUGGUUUGUGUGCAUGGCCAAGAACGCGGAGGACAAGCAGAAGUGGCUGGACGCCAUCCUGAAGGAGCGAGAGCAGAGAGAGAGCCUGAAACUGGGCAUGGAACGGGAUGCCUAUAUGAUGAUCGCUGAGAAGGGAGAGAAGCUCUACCACAUGAUGAUGACCAAGAACCGGAACCUCAUCAAGGACCGGCGCCGCAAGCUGACCAACGUGCCCAAGUGCUUCCUGGGAAAUGAGUUUGUAGCCUGGCUCCUGGAGACUGGGGAGAUUAGUAAAGCUGAGGAAGGAAUCAACUUGGGCCAGGCUCUUCUAGAGAACGGCAUCAUCCAUCACGUGUCUGACAAGCACCAGUUUAGGAACGAGCAGGUGCUCUACCGUUUCCGUUACGACGACGGCACCUACAAAGCCAGGAGCGAGAUGGAGGACAUCGUUUCCAAGGGAGUGAGAAUCUACUGCCGUUUGCACUGUCUGUUUACGCCCGUCAUCAAAGAUCGAGAUUACCACCUAAAGACCUUUAAGUCUGUGUUGCCUGCCAGCAAGCUGGUGGAUUGGCUUGUAGCUCAGGGCGACUGCUCUACACGUGAGGAUGCCGUUACCCUGGGCGUCGGCCUCUGUAACCAUGGCUUCCUGCACCACGUGCUGGAGAAGAGCGAGUUUAAAGACGACACGCAGUUCUUCCGUUUCUACGCCGACGAGGAGAUGGAGGGCACCAGCACCAAGAGCAAGCAGCUGCGCAACGACUUCCGCCUCAUCGAGAACAUCCUCGCCAAGACGCUGCUGAUUCACCCAGAGGAGGAAGACUACGGUUUUGAGAUCGAGGAGAAGAACAAAGCCAUUGUGGUUAAGAACGUGACUCGGGGCUCUCAAGCAGAGAUGGUGGGGCUGCAGCCAGCGAGGAAGAUCUUCUCCAUUAACGAGGACCUGGUGUUCCUGCGGCCCUUCUCUGAGGUGGAGGCGCUCAUCAACGCCGCCUUCUGCAAGCGCCGCACCCUACGCCUGCUAGUGGCCACCAAGAGCAAAGAGCUUGUGAAGAUCCCCGAUUGCCCGGACAACCUGUCAUUCAGGCUGAAAGGCGCCUGUCCACCCUACGUGUCUGCCAUCAGAAAAGGUGGAGAGGCAGCAGCCGCGGGGCUGCAGGUGGGCCAUUGUGUUCAGAAGGUGAACGGCAGCAGCGUCAGCCAGCAGAGCUGCGUGGAGGUGAUGGAGCACUUCAGUGCCCAGCCAGCCAAUCAGGAGCAUCCAGAGCGGGCCUUGGGACAUUGGGUGUACAGGGUCAUUGAUGAUGUGGAGGAGGAGAGGUCAGCUAGUCCCUCUGAGUUUACGGCAGUGCCAGAGGACCACUGCACCAACGGAACAGGUCUGGCGCUGCUGUCUCUGUCGGAGGGGCCGCUGGUGAGCCUGAUGGUGGAGAACGCGCAGCUGGAGCACGGCGUGGUGUACGAGUACAUCAACACGGCCGGCGUCAAGAGCCACGUGCUGGAGAAGAUGGUGGAGCCCCGCGGCUGCUUCAGCCUCACCGCCAAGAUCUUGGAGGCGUUUGCGCGGGAGGACGGGCAGUUUGUGCGUAACUGCAGCCAGCUGAUGUCCCAGAGUGAGCGCGUGUCCUCCAUGCCGCAGUACGAGUUCAGGAACAUCUGCGAGACCAAGCUGGGCAGCAUCCACCGCCGCAUCUCCAGCUACCAGCAGUUUGCUGAGGAGCUGAAGACGAAAGCCUGGCCCUCGUUCAAGCAGGCCAACAGCAGGCCUCACGCGCUGGGCUGCAUGGACUUCGUCCCCACCAACUGCCACCUGAACGUCAUGCAGGUGUCCUGCCCCAAGAACAGCACCUCCACCGGCCGCGCCUUCAGCAUCCGCUUCGGACGCAAGAACUCCAUCUUCGGACUGGACCCCGACCAGGUGAACAUCAACCCCAUGUCCCACACGGUGCACUGCGUCACCUCCAUGGGCGCGCCGUCCUGGCGCAGCUGGGGCCUGAACGAGGAGGAGGAGGGCGAGAGCUUCGACGAGAGCCUGAGCUGCGGCGAGGGCAACCCGUACGGCGGCUACGGCCACGGCGAGGGCGGCCUCAGCUUCCUGCUCAAGCAGGAGGACACGGAGAGCCAGGACGCCUACCUCAACCUCUACAACCGGCUGGACGUGGCCGUGCGCGAGAUGAGGCAGUACGUCACGCAGAUCGAUGUGCUGCUGUCCUCCAUCACGGAGCCCACCCAGCCCCAGGAGGGAGACCCCCCCGCCUACGACCACACCACCCAGACCAUCCUGGAGGACUCGGAGCUGGAGCGGGUGGAGUCGGGGGGGAAGCGCGUCUGCUUCAAGGUCAACGAGGACGAGCAGGAGGACUCGGGCCACGACACCAUGAGCUACAGAGACUCGUACAGUGAAUGCAACAGCAACCGUGACUCCGUCCUGUCCUACACAAGUGUCCGCAGUAACAGCUCCUACCUGGGCAGCGACGAGAUGGGCUCAGGUGACGAGCUUCCCUGUGACAUGAGGAUUCCUGUCGACAAGCAAGACAAACUCCACGGGUGUCUGGAGCACCUGUUCAACCAGGUGGACUCCAUUAACAGCCUUUUCAAAGGGCCAGUCAUGACCAAGGCCUGCGAGGAGACCAAGCACUUUUAUGCUGACCAGCCAGAAUUCCGACAAACAGAUGACUGGACGGCGCGGUGUCGGUACAUUAUCCACAAGAACAUCCAGGAGGACCCCUGGAACCUGCCCAACUCCAUUCGGACGCUGGUGGACAGCCUGCAACGCUCCGUUGAGGAGGGGAAGAAUCAGCUCCUCUUGGCCCUGCUGAAGUGUACAGACACGGAUCUGCAGCUGCGGCGCGAUGCCAUCCUGUGCCAGGCGCUGGUGGCGGCGCUGGUGGCGCUGGCGGAGCAGCUGCAGGCGGCGCUGACGCUGCGCUACAACCACAGCGGCGAGUACGAGGAGGACAGCAUGGAGGUCAGCCGCAAGUGGCUGGAGCAGAUCGCCGCCAUCGGCGUCCUCUUCAACUUCCAGUCCACGCUCUCCUCGCACGUGAGGGAGGAGCGCACCAUGCUGGAGGACACCAAAGCUGCGCUGGCAGACCUGGAUAAAGUCACCGUGGUGUUCAGACAACAAGGGGAUGAAUGUCUGGUGGCAAACACACCAGUGUAUUAUGAGGUGGAGGGCAACAGGCAGUCCAUUAGAGUGUUAUUCUUCCUGAACAGCAGCCAUUUCAAUGAGCUGCCCUCUCGCCUGCAGAAUGGCGGCAGCCUGAAGCUUCACUCUGUGCUGUUUUCUCGCGCUAUGGAGAAGUCAGAGGGAGUGGCCAUGCCAGACUCGGUGUCCAUGGAGGAGUUCCAACAGCGGACCAACGGUCUGUCUCUAGAGAGGGUCAAGGCCUACUACAGAAAGCUCAGGGCAUUUUACCUUGAGAAAUCCAACCUCCCCACCGAGUCCCACAAAACUGCCAUGAAGAUUGAUCAGCUGCUGCGGCCGCUGAACACGCUGGACGACCUGUGUCGCCUGAUGCAGACCUACGUGAACGUGAAGGCCGGCUCGGGGAGCCACCCGUCCGGCGUCAGCGUGCUGCUGGUGUCCGCCGAGCUGUGCAACCGCCUGGGCUCCUGCCACAUCACCAUGUGCGCCACGGGCAUGCAGAGGUGCACUCUGAGCGUGUCUUUGGCUCAGGCUCAAAUCCUGGCACGGAACCACGGACUGAUCCCGCGCUGCCUCAUGCAGACCAUGGAUAUCAUGCGCAAGCAGGGCACCAGAGUGGAAAUAUCGGCAAAGAAUCUGAAGGUGAUGGACCAGAUGCCUCCAACUGCUCCAAGGCUCUUCAGACUGUGUCUCCCACCUACAGAUGGAGAUCUGUAGACCUGCCGCCAUCAGUAUUUUUAGCUCACUUUGCUUUUUAAACAGCCCUUUCAGUUUUGAAGUGACAAGGCGACAAGAGAGACCUCUCAGUUAUAGCGAGGACGGCUUUGGCAGAACAAUUCCCGGCACUGACUCAGGCAGAACUGGAACCUUGAUACUCUCCUCUCCUGGAAUCCUUUCGCGACCCCUGCUGACCCGUCUGGACCUGGAGCUUCUCCCCGUGGCCAGGGCAGUCCUGUGAGUGGAUGCCCAGGAGGGCUGCCACUGAUGUGGGGUCACUGCUCCACCACCACAAACCCCCCCCCCCAACCCCCCUCGCCUGAUUUCACUGACAAACCCUCCCUCUCCUGAGGAAGUCCUCAGCCCCUCACUCUGCCCAUGUGGCUAGAUAGAGACUGGCCCCUGUGCAGUAAUUUCUCACUCCUCUACAAUAAUCCGGACCCCUGCUGUGCCUGAAACUCUCCCGCUGCAUCUGCAGGUCUCUGCGUCUGACCAGAACGCCUGGACUCUUCUCUGUGUCUGCAUGUCCGAGGCGUCCUGCUCUCCUCUCCGCCCCUCACACACGGAGAAUGUGCAAUUACUGUAGUUUAGCAUGUGGCACUCUGCACUAUUCACCCAGCGAGGGGACUGUCUCGUUUUUAAAAAACAAGAGUGUAUUUAUUGUCCAAUUAUAUCAGGAAUAGUGAAUUAACUUGAAACAUUCCAGCCUAAAUGUCCUACAGCAGUUUAUGGACCAAUGACCACCGAGUGUUUUAGACGUGGAUAUGUGGUCUAUGAGAGGUUUUUAUUCUGUUAGCCACAGUAAUGCUAAUUUAUGUUGAAGUUAAAUACUUAGUGUGCUAUAUGUCACUUACCCACUGCUGAAAUUCAGGGAACACAACACAAAAUAUGACACAAAAAAUGGGAAAACAAGCUAAUCACUGAGCUGGUUGAAGCUAUAGUCUUAUGAAUGCCCUUGUGGCCAACUGUUUUGUCUAUUUCCAUUGCUUUUUCUUUUUUUUUUUUAACAGUUGAAUCUUACUCGUAAUAUUUUUAGCUUUUUAGCCUGAAGUUCUUUCCUGACAGUUGUUUUAAUAAUGCUAGAGGACAGGAUGAGGUCCACGAUUUCAUUUCCUUUUGAUGCUAUUUAUGUGUCCGUCUCAGAGCACAAAGAGGUUCUGUCACUCGCCAGUGUUUGAGACAUGUCCUGUACUGUAUGUACUGUACAUUUUUGGAGUUAGAUGACAACAAAGGGAUCAUGAAGUAUAAACUGUAGACGGUAGCAUUAUUUUAUUGAAGUUUUCUUAUUUUUCUUGUGUAUGUGUACAUAACAAUGUCUAUAGCAGAGCAACUACCAUACAGUAUAAUGCUUAUGAGGAAGGGCAGUUCUAUAAUUUAAAUUUUAAUAAUAUUAAAAAGAGAUUAUAAUAUGUAAAGCA